UUCAGCCAUUUUAUUUAAUUAAAAAACAAAGGAAAAAAGAGGACAAGUCACGUCACGAGACAAAUUAGCACGCAAAGAAGACGAAGAAGAAGAAGAAGAAGCUCCAAGAAUCUGUCGCAGAAAUCGCCAUGGCAGUCACAGCAUUUAACCCAUUGAAACUUGCAUCGUCGUCUCUAGAUCCGAUUCCUUCAAUCUCUUCUUCUUCUUCUUAUUCAUUCUCUUUGAUAUCUGUCGGAUCUUCUUUCAAGAGAUGUCUAAAGCAGUCAUGUUCUGUUCGAGCCAUGUCUUCUUCUUCUUCUUCGGCUGCUUCGUCUUCUUCUUCUUCUUCCUUCGGAUCGAGAAUGGAAGAGAGCGUGAGGAAAACAGUGACUGAGAACACUGUCGUUGUUUACUCCAAAACUUGGUGCUCAUACUGUACUGAAGUGAAGACAUUGUUCAAGAGACUUGGGGUUCAGCCACUGGUUAUUGAAUUGGAUCAACUUGGUCCACAAGGGCCACAACUGCAGAAGGUACUGGAAAGACUUACUGGGCAACACACUGUUCCUAAUGUUUUUGUCGGAGGCAAGCACAUUGGUGGCUGCACAGAUACAGUGAAGCUUAACAGGAAAGGAGAUCUGGAAGUGAUGUUAGCUGAAGCCAACGGUAAAACUGGUCAGUCUUGAGGAGGUGAUGAAACUAGUUCGGAGAUUUUGCAUAUGGAGCUUGGAAAGUUUUCUUAUUUUCGUUAUUAUCAUUGUACCUCAUUUGAAUACAAUAAUCAUAGUUAAUAAAUAAUUUGAAUUCACA